CCUUUUCCUUUUCUACAUGAGCAUCCGCUCUGCUAUCCCCGGUACCCCAGCCAGCGAACGCUCCAUCUACUUUGACGCGCCCAUGAUGCACAUCACCACCGGCGACUCGCCAGCACCAGGGCGAGCGGGCUCGGUGCGCAGCCGCGCGCCCUCCGUGUCCAUCCCCAAGAGCCCUGUCACGAACACCCAACCUGCGCCGAGAGCAGUGUACGGCGACGACUCCGACCAAGAGGAGCACGGCGUCGGGUCGUCCGACGAGGAAGAGGACCGCGAGCUGCGCCCGGGGCCUGAUCCCUUCGACGACGACCGCGGAUCCCGGCUGCGCGCCCGCACGAAACGCACGAGCAUCUCCGGCUUCAGCUAUACCAGCGGCAGAUCCAAGCCCUCCGCGUUCUCGCGCCGCCGCGCAAAGUCGGUCCCGCGCGCGUCCUCGCCCGCAGACGACAGCUCGGCGUGCGGGGCGCACUCCGCCGAGAGCGCCCCCGCCAGCGGUGUGAAGGCAAAGAGCACCCUGAAGAAGCGCGCGAGCAUCCGCAGCGGCGUGUUCAGCGCGGGGCCGGGGACCAUCGGCCCCGCGAUAUCGCCCGAGCCGGACUUGUCGAUGCACGCGCGCGAGCGCACCGCGGAGAGCGUGCUCACGCCCAAGCAAAAGUCCAAGAUCACAAAAGAAGAAUUGAAAGAGGGCAAGCGCCUGUCGAAGAUUAUCCAGACGGAGCAGAAGGCGGAGCGCGCCGCGCUUGAUAUCGCGAUGAAAGAGCUCGCCGAGCUCACCAAGCUGCAAAAGGCAGCCAUGAAGGACGAAUCCCGCGCACACACCGCGCACGCAACAACCCUCAAGUCCUUCCACAAGACCGAGCUCGCAUUCCUCGCCGCCCGCGCCAAGUACGAGUCCGCGCUGACGGACCUGCGCAACACGGAGGAGGGGCUCGAGAAGACGCGCAAGCACGCGGAGAUGGUCACGGAUAUGGUGCGCGAGAAGAUGCGCGAGGUCGAGGAGCUCCGCGGGAUGAAGCGCGUCGACGAUCGCGAGCGGAUGGUCAAGGUGUCGGAGCUGAAGGGGAAGUUGCCUGCGGAGGCGUAGAGGGCGUGCAGAAUGUAUAGCAUGGGGCUUGGCUGCUGGAAUAUCUUGUAGACGACUGUAAUUGUAAUGUAAAAGGGCAAUAUUUGUUGUACUUGUAAAUAUACGCGUCAGCUAAUUGGAGCAUACCUCAUUCCGCUGGUAUAUAUGCC